AAAGGUGAUGAUCUGACACCGUCGUUCCUGCAGGUUUAAAGGACGAGGUGUGGAUGUAUUUCUGCGGGAGCCCUGGUUUCAUGUUGAUUACUUAAAAACAUUUGUACACGUUUUGUAAAUCGUUGAGUGCCAAUUUCGGUCACUCUUCUACACACAGCCGUAGUAACACUUUAAACACAUCUUAACACACAAGCAGUGGAAGUAUCAACGACGACUUGCCUCUGUGUAUGUGUCAUGUGGACAACCGCCACUUCCUGCCACACGAACAUCUGCAUCAGAGGUCGGCUUCUUGUCAGACACCCAGUAUACAUCGAGACAAUGUGCGACUUCGAUCUGUCUCAGGCUUUAAAGAGCUCACCUGAAUCAGAUGAGACAAGAUUUGAAUCCUGCUGCCGGGUGCAGGAUGGUCAGGACAGGAUCUUCACACUUGAUGAGGGACUGGACCUCAUGGUUUCCCACAACCCAAUGACCAUGCAGUGUCUAGCUACCCUGCUGGUGGCGAUAAACAGGAUGAAAAAGCCCCUAACUCGCUGUGGCAGGCAGCUCAGUGGUGAUGAGCUCUGCAGCACGAUCAUGGACAGCCUGGUGGACGAAAUUAUUGUCGAGAAGACGGAAAACUCCUCCAUGAAUCUGAAAAAAAUAUACAACCGAGCCGACAGUGUGAAGCUGUUUACUCUGUGUGACCUAAAUAAUAAAGACGUCGUCUGUGAUGCAGUAAAGUUAAAACUGAAGGCCAUCACUCUGCAAGGAGGAAACGGUGAAUACAAAGUGAAUUUUAAACUGUCGAAGUACAUCACUGCAGAUGUCUCUGCUGAAGACGGUCAGGCUGUUGUUCUGUCCAUCACCAACAACAACUUCCACAUUUCCUGCUCUAUGGAAGGCAACAAAGCUGAGUUGAAUCUGGAGGAAUGCUCUGAGGAGGGUUUAAACUGGAUCAACGACGACGGAGACAUGGACCGUUUCCUCUUCUUCAAGAGAAGCAAGGGAAAGUCUUGUUUCACUUUCGAGUCUGUCAAGUGCCGCGGCUGGUACAUCAGCACCUACGAGGGUGAAAACCAGCCUGUGGAGAUGUGUUGCAUGGACACGUGCAGACGUUACACCAACUUCAAAAUGAACUAAAAAAGUAUUGCUGGGUUUAAAGUGCCGUUUACAGUUUGAAUGUAUCCAGAAUUAUGCUGAAGAAGCUUUUUCUAUUUUAUCUUUAUUCUGCGUAAUCACUAGAUCGCCUGCGGUGACGUACUCGCUGUAGGUGGUGAGGUAGAGAUAACUAGUUAUUCACUAAAAAUUGCUUUUAACUAUUUUUAUUCACUGAGAAAAGCCUUUCUACAAAGUAAAUUCAUCUCCUUUGGUAAAGAAAGAUAAAGUUGUAACAGGAUAUUCCUCUUAACUAUUUGUUAUUGUUAAACUUAUUAUCAUUCCUGAAACUGAAUUUAUUUCUCUAUUGUCUGUUGUCACAAAUGUUUCUGUGUGUUGUUCUGUUGUGUUGUAACAGGAACAUUUGUUUAUGUAUAUGUAUUAAAAAAAACCUUUUUUUUUAAACUCA